AUGGAAGAGAAUAUCACUGUGGUUCUCAAGAUUGACAUGCAUUGUAGUUGUGAGGGUUGUGCUGACAGAAUUAUGGAAUGCAUUCGAAAUUUGAAUGGUGUUCAGUCAGUGAAGAUAGAAGACGGUGACGGCAUCAAAUUUACAGUGGUCAGCAAAGUAGAUCCUGAGAAGCUCCGGGAGAAAGUUGAGAAGAGAUUGAAGAAGAAGGUCUCACUCAUUUCUGUAAAACCAAACCAAAUCGAAAAUAAGGACAAAGAAAAGAAAGAUAAGAAAUCUACAGAGCCUAAGACAAUAUCGGUGAAGGUGAAACUGAACUGCGAUAGAUGUAUUCAAGCUAUUGUCAAAAUUGCCACAAAAACCAAAGGAUUUCAAGAGAUCUCCUUAGACAACCAAAAUGACCUAGUAAUGGUAAGAGGGACUAUGGACGUGAAAGCUCUGGUGGAAGCAUUGACAAGGAAGCUCAAAACAUCGGUCGAGAUUGCUGCACCGACGAACGAAUGCUGCCGCCAGGAGAGAGGGAGUGUUAAUGUCAUUGGCGUUGGUGAUAGCGGCGGCGGUGGUGGUGGGUGUGUGGAGGGAAAUGGCUGGAUUGGAUAUGGACCAAAUAAGAAAGAGAAUCGCGUUGACAGAGAAAGGAAUAAGAAGAAAGAGGCCAAAGACAAGGCAAAGGAAGAACCACAAGUGAAGAACCACAAGGAGGAGAAGAACAAGGAUGAGCAGAAUAAGAGCAAGAUAAACAACAAAGACGAUGGAAGAAAUAAGGACGACAAAAAAAAGAAUGUUGGUGCUGGAGAAGAGAAUAGGAACAAAGAGGCCAAAGACAAGCCAAAGCAAAACCCAGAAGAUAAGAAUUCAAAGAAAACAUGGUUGAAGGUGAAUCUGAACUGCAAUAAAUGUAUUCCAGAUAUUGUCAAAAUUGCCUUCAAAACCAAAGGAUUGCAAGAGAUCUCUUUAAACAAACAAAAUGACCUAGUAAUGGUAAGAGGGACUAUGGACGUGGAAGUUCUGGUGAAAGCAUUGAAAAGGAAGCUCAAAAUAUUGGUCGAGAUUGCUGAAUCGAAGAAGGAAUGCCGCCGCCAGGAGAGUGGGAGUGUCAAUGUCAUUGGCAUUGGUGGUAGCGGUGACAAUGGCAGAGAUGGUGAGAAGAAAGAAAAAGGCGGUGGUGUGGAGUGGUGCAAAUUUGUCGAAUUUAUAGCUGACAUAUUUCAAAAAAUUACUGAAUUUGUCUUUGCUGCAUAA